AUGGUUUUGGACACAAAAAGAAGUUUAAAAAUUAAAAUUGAUGCACUAAAAAGAUUAGAAAAAGAUUAUAUGCUUUAUAAAAAAGAAGAACAAUUACAAAUUGAAAAUGUUGAAAGAUUUAAAGCAGAUGAAACUAAAGAUAUAUAUGAUGUAAAGAAACAAAUUGAAAUUUUAGAUGAAAAUAAAACAAUGAUAAUAGAUUCAGUUUCCAGAGUAACUGCUUUUUUAGUUCAAUUUAGUGAAUUUUUAGAGGAACAUAAAAAUGAAGAUGAUGGAUCUGAAAUUUGGAAAGAUUCUUAUGAUAUUAUAGAUCAAAUAUCAACUAAAUUUUUGGGUGAAUAA